AGCUUUUGAACACGUUCGGUUUGUUUUCUCAUAGUUCGAUCCCCCGCCGGCCUUCACGAUCUCCGCUUGCCAUGGCCGCGCCCGAGCCCUUCCGGAUUCACGUGUCCGACGACGACCUCACGGACCUGCGACAGCGCCUGCAGCGCGCGCGGGUGCCGGACCAAGUCGGUGCAGGACAAAGCGAUCCCAAUGGUGCAUGGGCGUAUGGAACUGACAAGGCCGCACUGCAAGAUUACGUGUCUCACUGGCUCACGAAGUUCGAUUGGCGGCAGCAGGAGGCCAAGCUGAAUGCGGUGCCCCAGUUCACCUUGCAGGUGAAUGGCCUGAAGACCCACUUCAUCCACCAACGCUCAAAGGACACGGCGGCCAUUCCGCUGCUGCUGGUGCACGGCUGGCCGGGCUCCUUCGUGGAGUUCAUGAAGCUUCUGCCCCUGCUGAAGAAGUUCCACGUCGUGGCGCCCAGCAUCCCUGGCUACGGCUUCAGCGAGGCGCCCAAAGAGCCCGGGGCUUCAGUGGUUUUCAUGGCGGAGCAGCUGGCAGAGCUGAUGCGCUUGUUAGGCUAUACCCAUUAUGUGGCACAGGGCGGCGACUGGGGUUCCAUCAUCACCACGCAGGUGGCUGGGAGGUAUCCUGAACGCUGUGUGGCCCUCCACCUGAACAUGUGUGCAGCCAUCCCAUCGACCAUUUCCGAUUUCGUUCAGGUCGCGUUGACCAUGCCCUCAUGGAGCAAGGAGGAGUGGGAUGCAGUGCGGCGAACCCAGUACUUUAUGAAGUAUGAGACGGGAUACCAGAAGAUCCAGGGCACGAAGCCUCAAACCUUAGGCUAUGGCCUGAACGACAGCCCUGUGGGCUUGUUGGCUUGGAUCCUGGAGAAGUUCCAAAGCUGGAGCGACAGCCAUGGGCAGCGGCCGGACGCACCAGGGGGCAGCGGCCUCACGAUGGACGAGAUUUUGACGAAUGUGAUGAUCUACUGGAGCAGCCAGAGCAUUACCUCCAGCUGUCGGCUUUAUUACGAGACUUUGGGGCUCCACCCCAGCCACAAGGAACCUUUGCAGCUACAGCCUGGUGGCCUUCUUGGCGGAAAGGGCACGGGCGUUCUUGAUGUGCCGGCUCUUGAGAUUGAUCAACCUCCAUCAAAUCCCAAGACAUGAUGUUAUAUGGAGGCUGUUUCACCGGUUUAACUGGGUUUUAUGCAUCAAGAGUCUACAUGACUCUAACCUCCGACUUUUCCCUCAGAGUCUUCCCUGCUUAAGGGGAGGUCUUUCCUCGAGACUUUCAACCGCCUCGACGUCGAGAUGGAUCACGGUCGAGACUUCUGGAUUGCUUUGGUCGAUCCUUCAGAAGUUCUCUGCCUAAAUGGACUUUUUUUGUUCACCCGAGCAUGUCGCACGAUUUUUGUUGCACUUUGGACCGUGCAUGUCCAUACCACGGACAUGUCUGGCCCAAAUCAUGAGGGACCAACCUGGGCCCAGGUGGGCCAAGCAGCCGAAACUCGGUUCUUCGAAACGGACAGAUGG